AGUUUUAUUCUGACAGCACACUCACAGUUUUUCCCCUGCACAGCAAAACGGAGGGUGUUUUUUGUUUCUGCGUCGUGAAAAUUGCAAUUUUCUUGUGGAAAAGUUCCUCUUGAUAGCCAAUUUAAAACACCAAAAUGACCAUCCUGACGUCAGGAAGUGAGAAGAAGAAUGUGGAAGUGACUGUGGUACCUCUUGUCGUGGACAAUGAGUUGAAUAAUUCCAAAGAACUGAACAGCGUCCGGGUGUUGAAGCCCAUCCGGGAGAUUCGACCACUGGAGAGACAACCAUGGGCAAUGACAAAGAUUUUUACUAUUGCCCUGAUUAUUAUGUCUCUAGGAAUUCUUGGUGGGAAUUUCUUGGCUCGCAGUCUAGCCCGAUCACACGUGGAACGUAUGCGCUUCCACGGUUUCUGCGGAGUUCCCUACGAUAGCAAUCUCGUGGACAACAAGACAAUGAUGCUCUUCAACAGCAAAUUCCGCUACGAGGACCAAGAUCUUCCUCUGCUCUCCAGAGCUAUGGCAUUUUUCGGGAAUCAACCAUCCUUGAAUGGGCGAAUUGAUGAUUUCCGCUAUGAUAUUGAGGAGGAAGAGAAGUUAGCUCAGAAGUUCUUGAAGGAGGAACUGGAGCUGGACUUGUCCGAUGAGGAGAGUUAUGCACGAAUUGAUGUGCCAGACUUCAAGAAUGGUCGUCCGGGACGGUUUUUGCAUGACUUCAAGUUCAAUCAGUCUGGUAUCAUUGAUGCCCAGAAUGGCAGGUGCUUUGUGAUGCCGCUGGACAGAGAUGUUGUCCUACCGCCCAAAUCCAUGAGGGAUCUGGUGAUGCGUAUCUGGAAUGGGUACUAUGACAUUGAUACCAGUGUCAUUCGCAAGGAGAUGCGUGUUAUAAUUCCAGAAAUUGAAGAUUUAUCCACUGUUGCACCAACAAUUUCCAAUGAGUGCAAGAAUAUGAAGAUUUUCCGUCUCGAGAAGAUUGAGCAUGAUUUAGCAAAGAGAUCAGUGGAUAGUGAUUCCAAGGAUACAUUCAUGGAGUUUACUGGGAAAAUGAGUGAGGUUAAAUUGCAUAAUAUGCGAGAACUGGAGGAACACAUGAAGAAGAAGUAGAAAUUAACAAAUAAUCCAAAAGAAAAGUGAGAUAGAAGUCUCAAUAGAAAUAUCCCUUUCAUUCCUCUCCACAUUAUUGUGACUUUACACCUUUAAUUAGAUUUUUCGCUAGGAAUGAAGUUUUUCCACAAAAAAAAAAAGAAAAUAGAAUUUUAAAGAAAUUACAGUGGGAAAAAUGAAUUAUUUGGAAAAUAGCAUUUUUAGACUUCUCACACUGAACAUCGAUGUUAAAUUUUUCCUUUGGACUUGGAUGUCUAAUUUUGCUCAAAAGUAUUAAUUGUGUAUAUUCCCCUGAUUUUUUUAAAGAAAUAUUUUGCUGAUAAAAAAUCGUGUAAAUCCCGCUGUGAAUCCAACAAAUCGAAUGUAAUCAAUUAACGCUAAUAAAUGGUUGAUUGAAUACAAAA